AUGGCUGCCAUGGUAACAGGCCUGCGGAAACAGUUGAUUAAAAACUUAAGAUUGACUUUUGUUAAAGAGCCGCGCCAUGAGAAAAUCAUUUUCACAAGGAUUUCUACUAAAUCAAUCCUUACUACAACCAAUUCUACAAGAAAGUCUCCAGUUUCAGGCUCAAAGUUCUCGGGCAAAUCUCCAUUGUCAGUCUCACAAUCCUUGGACAAGUCUCCAUUGUCAGUCUCACAAUCCUUGGGAAAGUCUCCAGUGUCAGUCUCACAGUCCUCGGGCAAGGAUAUUCUGUUGUUUUCCUACAUGAGGAGCGGUUCCACCGUAACAGGAAACUUACUGCGGGACUCUCCUGGAGUGUUUUUCAUGUUCGAACCCCUCAGUCCUCUGGCACCUUACAGUUAUUUUACAGACAGGUCUAUUUGUGAAAUGAGAAAUAGCACUUGCAGAUCGGAAAACGUACACGAUCGGAUAGAGGUGGCUUUGACAGCAAUGGUUAACCUGUAUUCCUGUAAUAUGAAGGCUGUUCCAAUAUCUCUCAUUGACAAAAUGGUGGCGGAAAACAAAUCUGGGGAAGCUUGGCAAGAAUUUGGAGAAUGUCUUAAUGGAACGAAGACACAUAGCAAGUAUAAUGAUGGUGAAGAGAUCACGAGAAUGGGUUGUUUCGAUCGCUUUGAACAAGCCUGCAGAUCGGCAGACUUCAGAGUUGCAAAAGUUUUACGUCUUGGCUUCGCAACAAUAGAAACAUUACUCAAGAGAAUUCCGAGUUUGAAAGUUCUGUAUUUAGCUCGAGACCCACGUGCAAUAAUUAACUCUCGUAUAAAAACUGUAUGGUUCCCUGUAUUUAACGAAAAACCACGAACAGUUUUUACUAAUAUCUUGGGGUUAUGUCUCAAAAUGGAAACAGACAUUCAGGAUUGGAAGCAUACGAGGGACAUUUAUGGUGAUAGAAUCUUACACACAACUUUGACCAAGAUAGCUUCUCGAAUAAAUGCUAUGUUAGAAAUAUUCAAAUUUAUGAACAAGACUGUUACUGUAACUGAGGAAAGAAAUAUAAUAAGCUAUCUGUAUAAGAAUCAGAUUUAUAACAUUACAGAAAACUGGCGCUCAGAACUGUCGUCUGUUUACAGAAAACGUAUUGAAGAUCGUUGCUAUUACGUCAUAGAACAUAUAACUAGCAUGGAUAGCAAUACUGUUUGA